AUGGCCCAGCUAGCUAUGUCUAAGCCUAUACUUCUGACUCCCCGAACUGCUCGACGCCGGCUUCGAAGUAUCGUCCAAGAAGACCAGCGCUAUAUCCUACCAGAGCUACCAUCAGAUGCGAAGAUUUCGAUUGCUCUUGAUUGUUGGACGUCUCCCUUUCAACAAUACUUUAUGGCAAUCACUGGCUAUUUCCUUGAUAAGAAGUGGAAAUAUCGGGAAAUUCUUCUUUGCUUUGAACCUUUGCAUGGGAAGCACUCUGGCGCGAAUCUCAGUAGUGUUCUAGUUGAACGCUUACAGGAGCAUCAGGUUAUAGAUCGGGUACUUACUAUUAUCACUGAUAAUGCAUUGAACAACAACACUCUGCUUGAAACCCAUGUCAUUCAACUAAGUCUAAAGGAUCUGUUAGCAAUGAUGAAGCUUGACUUAAAGAACGACAUUCCAAGCCAGCAGUGGUCAGCUGAACGGGAUAGUUCAUUCCGCUAUCUUCAGAAGCGUGGUAUCAUCUAUACUCUUGCAAAGUUCAGUCUACCGUCGACACAGAAGGAUGAUCUUGAGAUUCUUUUCGAUAAAGAUAGUCCUCUUGAAUCCUCCCAGUCCCAAAAGAAGCAGGCUGGACCAGCCUUUGAUAACGAGCUUACCCAUUAUCUUAAUAGUGCACGCGAUGUCUUUACUAUCCCUGCUCCUGGCGCUGGUGUAGAACGUCUCUUUAACUCUGCUCGUGAUCUUUGCUACUAUCGACGGAGUCAUCUCCACGAGACAACGAUACAACACCUAAUGAUGUUUCGCUGUAUCUCUCAAUUUGAUAUUGAUACUACAGAUCUUACAGGUGAAUCUGACGAAGAGAAAGAGCCUAUUUCCGAAAAGAGACAGCUAACGGCUUUGAAAAGAGAGGCGAACCUAGCUCAGUAUACCCCGGAUCCGAUCAGUGACAAUGAAGAGGAUAAUGAAGAUAAAAAUGAGGAACAGCAUAACUUUGAUCUUUUUAUAGUCUAUACACUAACCCAACCAAGCCAGCGUGUGCUUAGGUAA